AUGUUUCCAUAAUAUUCAUUGAUUGCUAGUUCCUUAGUCUUAUUUAAUUUCAGAGUUAAUUUUAGGAAUAAGGUCUUAAAAAUAGUGUCGUCUUUUAACAAAAGUAAAUGAUAUAUAUAUUCUAUUGGUUUUUCAGCUAGGGCAUUACCUAAAAUCAAGNUAAUUGAUGGAUUUGAUUGGGUUUACAGUUUAAGUUUUAAUGAGUCUUAAAAUAAAAUAAUUUCUUGUAAUGGAGACCAUAACAUAACUAUAAUUUAAUAACAAAAUAAUUAAAUAUAAUAAUGGAAAAUUGUUUAAAUAAUAAAUAUGGAUAACUUUGGAACUUAAGCAAUCUUUUUUGGUGAUGAUUCUUUUGUUAUUCACCCUUGGAUGAGCAGAACUAUGUUUGUUUAUAAAUUUAAUUAAUAAAAUGAUUAAUUUACCUUAUCAAAUACAUUUCUUAUGCAAGGAGAAGGUUAAAAUUGUUAUUCUUUUAUUUCAUAAUAUAUACAGUAUAGAUACAUUAAAUCUGAUCAAUGUUAAAAUUAAAACAAAGCAUAGAAGCAAUUGUUUAUAAAAUAAGAUAAAAAUGAACUUUGUUUGUUUCUAGUAAACAAAAACUAAGAAUUAUAAAUUUUCUAGAAGGUUAGAUUACAGGAAACGUAUAUUUGGGGAACAAUGAGUAAUGAUGGAUUAUGGCUAAUUGUAUGGGAACAAGCUUCAAAAUUACUAAAAGUGAUAUCUUGUUUUAAAUAUUGA